AAUCCCUCAGGUUGAGCGAGGAAGUAAUCGAGGACUCUUCGCGUGUUGGCAGUUUCUUGUCGGAAGAGAAUAGCAAACGGACCGACGCGUUCAUGGACUUUGCGAGUUGGCUAUUUUGAAGAGUUGGGAGAGAUAUUUUGUGUCGAAAUGGCGAGCUUUGGAGCGUUUGCGGGCUGUGUGUGCCUCCUCCUCGCGGCCGCGCUACGGCUGGUGUGCGGCGACAUCACGGACGGCAACCCGGAGCACCUUAAACGAGAACACUCGUUGAUGAAACCCUACCAAGGCGUGGGCAGCAGCCCGUCGAGCCAGUGGGACUUCUCGGGGAGCACGUUGGUGACCAGCUCGUACGUGCGACUAACUCCGGAUGAGAAAAGCAAGCAGGGAUCCAUCUGGAAUACUGUGCCGUGUUACCUGAAAGACUGGGAGAUGCACGUCCACUUCAAAAUCCACGGGCUGGGCAAGAAGAAUCUCCACGGCGACGGCAUUGCUCUCUGGUACACAAAAGACAGACUGCAUCCUGGGCCCGUCUUCUCCGACCACGCCGUCUUCCACGGGCUGGCAGUCUUUAUCGAUACGUACUCGAACGAUGACUCAGUGGACCGUUCCUUCCCGUACGUUUCGGCCAUGGUGAACAACGGCUCGGUGAGCUACGACCACGGCAAAGACGGACGCUCGUCGGAGCUGGGAGGUUGCUCGGCCGAAAUCCGCAACCGAGAGUUUGACACCUACCUCGCCGUCCGCUACUCCAAAGGGAGACUCACCGUGAUGAUGGAUGUGGAUGACAAGAACGAGUGGAAGGAAUGCAUCGACAUCGGAGGCGUUCGUCUUCCCACGGGAUAUUUCUUUGGCGCCUCGGCGGCCACUGGAGAUCUUUCUGACAACCAUGACAUCAUCUCAAUGAAGCUGUACCAGCUGAUGGUGGAGUACACGUCUGAGGAGGAGAACCUGGACUGGACCAAGAUCGAGCCAAGCGUCAGCCUGCUCAAGUCGCCCAAAGACAACAUUGAUGACCCGACGGGCAAUUUCCGCGGCACGCCGCUGACGGGCUGGAAGGUGUUCCUGCUGCUGCUGUGCGCGCUGCUGGGCAUCGUGGUGUGCGGCGUGGUGGGCGCCGUGGUCUUCCAGAAGCGGCAGGAGCGAAACAAGAGGUUCUACUGACAACCCGGAGGAGCAGAGGAACGCCCGUCGAAGGCAGCGGGGCGCUGGUGAUUGACUCUUGAAGCACAUUUUAAUGUGAAUCUUUUUUUUGGGGGGGGGGGGG